AUGCUCGGCUUCAUCCUCGCCAUAGGGCUCUUCCACUGCACCUCGGUCACAUCUCUGGGCCAGCUGGCAGGCGGACUGCUGGUGACAACCCUCUCGGCUGCAAGCUUCCUCAGGUGUGCCUUGGCAAACCCGGGCGUUCUCCAGAAGAAUCAGGCCCAAAGCCUGUCUGACUCCCUGGCCACAAGGGUGCGGAGGUGCGAGAUAUGCCAGAUCUUUCAACCCCGAGGCUGUCAGCACUGCUACUUCUGUCAGGUGUGCGUGCAAGGUCACGAUCACCACUGUCCCUGGAUGGGAAAGUGCAUUGGCAGCAACAACCUCUGCUCCUUCUACACCUUCCUCUUCGUUGGCUUUGGCUCCUUAGGUUACAUUCUCUUGGUCGCACUGGCACAGCCUCCCCAGUAA